CCGUGGAUGCGGCUAUAUGCAGGUUAAUGUGCACACUGCGGUUUCUUUGAAUCUGCAUAUAACCCCGUGACUUAGCGUGAUCGCAGCUUAGUUGUUUCCGAGACCCAAACAAGAUGCUGCUGCUUUGGAUGGCAUUGCUGACAGUUUCCUGCGCUCAAGGCGCGCAAGUGUAUAUGCAGUUCAAUGGGCAAGGAUACUCCUACAACACGGAUGGCGAUAGAUUGGAUAGGAGUGUCGUUGCCCCCAGCUUUGUGGCAUCUUCUCUGGAUGCCUUUGGUCCACUGAACUUUGUGCAGCAGGCCUUGAGGACAAGGCACCAUCCACUGCCCAGGAUUUCCUACAAUGCGCAGGAUAAUCUGGCGGAGGCAACUUCCUUGCUGAGUAGCGGCUACCAAGCAGCACCGACCAACCAACUGAAGCCCCUGCAAAGACACCAAAACUUUGAUUUCAGCACCGACCAGAUGUCGCAUGCCCAGCACACCGAUGAGGCGGGAAAUGUUUUGGGCAAGUACUCCUACUACGAUGAGGCUGGCUACCACGAGCUGAGCUACAAGGCGGGCGCCGGCAUCGGAUUCGUGGUCAUGGGUGGCAAUUUGGCCAAGGCCUCCGCUGCUGAACCGCACUCGGAAAUCGGAAUCGGAAUCGGAAACGGAAUCCACACAAAUGCCUUGACUAGCCUGCCAGAGUUGCAUAAAUAUCGUGGCUACACGUAAAUAAAAUACA